AUGACCCAUUCUAUUUGGACCGAUUUAUGCAAACAACCCAUACUCAAAGCCACUUCUGAAAAGUACACAACGAUUGUCUACGAUUCAACCACUCGACUCCAUCAGCUCAUUGACUCCAUCUUGUCAGCUUUGAAUGAACGCGUCAUUGGGUUCACAAAGCUUGCCAACUUUGACGCAGCCCUUGGCGAUGUCAGUAUCAUACAGCAACUCUCGCCCUCUUCAGCUCUUGGAUAUUUGUGUGCAGCCAGCGUUUACAAGGAGCAAGGGAAACAGCUUCAGGUGAUCGACAUUUGCAACAAGGGGUUGGACGUUGUUGAUCCAAACGAUACCGAUUACAGCACAUUGCAGCAAAUGAAGGCCGAUGCGAUGCAAUACCAGAAUAAACGCAUCGAUUUUAUCACCGAUCUACCAUGGGACCUUGUUACAACAACGCUUCUUCCAACGUUUGUGGAUGAUGAUUCUCCUUUGGAUGCUUCUAGAGCAUGUCCUUAUUUGUAUGUGUGCAAGCAAUGGCGUGAUUUGAUUCUCCAGCAUUCAAAUGGGUUGCGUUUCGAGAUUGGGCCAAAUGAAGAACAAGCAGAUCCUCGGCAACAGUGGCAAUUGGUUACAUUCGCACGACACAUUAAGGCAUUGCAUCUUCGUCGAUAUACCAAAGGAACCUGGCUCUAUGAUUUAUUACGUGAUCAUGACUUUUGUUCUCUGCGUGAGUUAUACUUUGAUGCAUUUUCCAACAACGGCGAUGAUUUUGUUUCGUUUUUGCAAUCACUCGGUGGCCCAUUGACGCAUUUGGCUAUUAAUGACACCCAUUCCUUGCAUUUUGAGGGCAUGUUUCCCCUAGCCGAGGUCUUAUCAGCUUGCCCCAACCUGCUUUCGUUUGCUGUCACCCAUCCAUUUCUUUGCGAUUUUACCGCUCUUUCAAUGACAACGUAUUCCAAUAUGACGACAUUGUCGCUUUUCUCUACGACAGAUCCAUUUUCUCGUGAUGAGAUCAUACGCAUCUGCCAGUGCUUUCCAGCCCUCAAGGAACUUCAUCUUUCUCGGUGUGAAGAUAGCAUGGAAUUGGUGCUCAUGGUCCCACGUUAUUGUCCCUUGUUGAAAAGCGUUGAAAUUGACAUCAAUUAUUAUGCCGUCAACUUGAAUUACUUUGAUCACAACAUUGGACAUCAAGAGCUUGAGAUGACAAAGUUCUCGAUCUUUAGAGAUGGUUCGGAAGGCAAUGACUUGUUUUUCGAUAUUGAGGCUCUCUUAAGGCAGCAUCGGACAACACUCGAGGAUGUCGAAUGGACUGUAUCCCCUGAAAGAGACUACCGAGACCUUUACGACAUCCAAUACCCACGUCUCAAAAAACUAUCGUUAUAUUCUGGCGGCUGGUGGAUACUACGCAAUGCACCCAUGCUGGAAACCUUAGCCUUGGCAUCUGAAUCCAUCAACAACAACCCUGAAGUCUUGGAUACAAUUCCACCAAAUUUGAAAGCACUUGAAUUGAGAUUGCAUCGAGGACGCUUUCCAACCAACAACGAUGUAAUCGAACGAUAUCUUCAUCGCGUAUCCCAACAAUGUCGUCUACAACAACUUGCUAUUGAUUUCGAUGCAAUGGAUACCUUUUGCUAUCUGCGUGAUACUCUCACUCGUUUCAAUACGCUCGAACGUCUGGCGGUCGGUUUUCCUGGGAAUUGGGACAACAACAAAAUGGAAAGCUUCCUUGGUGCUCUUGUGAUUGCAUGUCCUUAUUUAUCUUCCCUUGGGAUCGAUUGCAUCAACGCGCCAUCGGCGGACACAAUGAACACCUUGAAACAGCUUCGACAUUUAAAGCAACUUACUUUUUCAGUCAAGGACACGGAUGGCGCUCAUAGCUUUUGGCAUGCGAUUCGGUCAUUUUCACAACUCAAGCGUAUUCGGAUUUACCCUUCAAAUGAAGUCAACCAUGCUAAAAUUGAGCGUCUUAAGGAACAGAGACCUGACAUGAAGAUUAUCGUGGAGGACACAUUCAAGUGCUUCUGA